GCCGCCAUGAGCGGCCUCCGGGACGGCGCCGGCAGCCGCGGCCCGGGCCUGGGGCCGUGGGCGCCCCGCUUGGCUCCGGAGACGUUGGAGCUGCUGGCGCUGUCCUGCUGCCUGGAGGAGUUGGAGCCCCAGCGCCGGCCUUGCAUUUCAGAUGACUUAAAAAUAGGAUAUUACAGCACAGAUCAUGCUACUCAAACAGAUAUCAAAGAAAUACCAGAACUAAAGGAGCUAACUAUUGCUACACAAGCUUUAAUGGAGCUCAUCCGCUCUCUCCAGCAAGAUUUGCUUACCUACAAAACAGUCGUUCAAGCACAGUAUGAAGAAAAAAUUGAAGAGCAAACUUCAAGUCUCUGUAAAUACGUAAAUGACAGACUGAAAGACAUUGAGUUUUUUCAUAAACGGAAAGAAGCCCAAAUUCGACAGAGCUACCAACAACAAUUAUGUGAUGCACUGGCUGUUCUCAGAUCAAAUAUUGAGAAGUAUUACAGCAUAAAUGAAGAAGACAAAGAAUCUCCAUCAGCAGAAUUUUUGAGGCUUUUAUGUAACAAGCUGCGUGAGGAGCAGUCCAGAAUUGAAGAUCUGGAACAAAAAUUGCAUGAAUAUCAAGAAAAAGAAGAGGAAAAACUGGUUGCCUUUGAAGAAGAUGACCAUGAAAAAAAAAUGCUUGAAAAAGAAAAUGAAGAUUUCAAAGAAGAGAUUUUUAAACUACACAAUAAGAUUUUUCAUCUUGAAAAUUCUCUGAAACGCUCUGAAAGAGAAAAUGUUUUAUUAGAUAAGCAAGUUCAAAGAAUGCAAUUAAAACUGGAAAAUGAUGAGCAAACUAUUCAAAAGACUUCAGGACUGCAAGUAGAAGAAAAUGAAGUUAAAAAAAACAAACUGCCAGUGCAAAGUGAAACUGAAAAUAUAAUGCCCCAGGAAAAAAAAGAAUUUCGAAAGGACCAUCUUACAAAACAAAAGAAAGAACGGACAGACAAGAUAAAAUAUGUAGCGCCUGAUCAGGAAUCUGUUAAAAGAACACUGGCUACUGAAAAUGAUAAACCGAAGCAAUACAGAGGUCAAGAAUGGGAAACCAUGGAAAGCCUUAGAAAAACAACUGAACGAAGUAAUAUAAUAUGGAAAAAGAAGUUCCAGAUUCUACAGAAGAGUCUGCAUGCCAUUAAGGAUGAAAUGUUUCUUAGACAAACCCUGCAACGUCGGUUACUUGUAUUUAAAAGUACAUCCCUCAGUGAGACAAUGUCUUUUCCUGUUUGUGUUGAAAAUGAUACACAAGAUGUGAAAGGAUUCAGAGGUGGCUUAUAUUUACCGUUAACUUUGCCUCCAAUACAAUCCCAGUCUACUGAACAGCAGAAAGAAGGUGAAGAUAAUUUUCUUAGACUUGCAAAUGCAAUGAAAAAGGACCGUCUGUUUGAAGACGUUUUUCACAGAUGAUAAAUAGAGGAAGACCAAGCAUAAUGGAUCUCAUGAUUCUUUGGCUGUCAAAAUGCAGUCGCUGACUCCAUCACAUGCCCAGGAGCCAGGUGUUAUUUUAGCAGUCUUUUGCUGUUCAAUGUCUCUGGGCAAGAGAAAAGCCAAGGGAUUUACAAAAAUAAAACACUAAUGCAAAUGCAUUUCAGUAUGAUCAAGAGCUCAUGAGAAAUCUCCAUUCUUCUAUAACAAGCCAGAGG